CCGCUCAACUGAGGGGCAGAGUGAGUGAGACACCAGGAGAAUAAGAAAUAGCCGUUAGGAAGAAAGACAUGUGAGUUGUGACUGAAACAACUUGAACCGUGACUUUUCUGUCGGGAGGCAGGAAAGAAGGAAGGAAGGAAGGAAGCCACCUGUGGAGAUGGAAAGCCCAACCCCUCCGCUGUAUCUCAAUACGAGCACAGAGAUGUUCAACUCUUCUUCAGAGCCGACCAGAAACCAGGAGGGUUUCAGCGAGGCGACCAUGAUUCUGCUGGGCAUGAUCAUGUCGUUGCUCAUCCUGUGUAUCGUUUUUGGCAACAUCCUGGUCAUAACCGCGAUCGCCCGCUUUCAGCGUCUCCAGAACGUUACCAACUGUUUCAUCACCUCCCUGGCUUGCGCCGACCUGGUAAUGGGCCUCAUCGUGGUCCCCUUUGGUGCCUUUUAUAUCAUCUUCAAGACCUGGCACUUUGGUAGUUUUUGGUGCGAGUUUUGGACGGCGACCGAUGUUCUCUGCGUGACCGCCAGCAUCGAGACCUUGUGCGUCAUCGCCAUUGAUCGUUACUUGGCCAUCACUUCGCCCUUCCGCUACCAGACCAUGCUGACAAAAUGCAAAGCUCGCAUUGUGGUCGUGCUGGUGUGGGUCAUCGCUGCCUUGAUAUCCUUCCUGCCCAUCCACAUGAAGUGGUGGAUCUCCGAUGGCAAAGAAGCGAAGGAGUGCAUCAAGGACAGCAGCUGUUGCGAGUUCUACACCAACAUGGCUUAUGCCAUCACCUCCUCGAUCAUCUCCUUCUACAUCCCCUUGGUCAUCAUGGUGUUUGUCUACAGCCGUGUUUUUCAGGAGGCCAAGCGGCAACUCAAAAAGAUCGACCAAAGCGUGGGACGGUUUCACAACAGCGACAACCUCAAAUCUCUGGAGGCUAACAACGGGCGAGGGCAGAAGAAAGUCAAAUUCUGCCUGCGGGAGCACAAAGCUUUGAAAACUUUAGGCAUCAUCAUGGGGAUAUUCACCAUAUCCUGGCUGCCCUUCUUUCUGCUCAACGUGGUGGUGGCUAUAUGGAAAGUUGAAGACAUUGACCUAACUUUUAGGAUUCUCAACUGGAUAGGGUACGCAAACUCAGCCUUCAAUCCGCUCAUUUACUGCCGGAGCCCCGAGUUUAGAAACGCCUUCAAGGAAAUCCUCUGCCUCAAACGGAACCACGUCUCCAAAGCGGGGCCUGUCAAUGGAUACAUCUAUAACCGACACAGCUGGCAGAGUGAACAGCAGGGGCGGAGUAAACGCAACUCGGAAGACAGCGACCCUGACGAGGGCAGUCUGGGGAAAGGAGCGUGUGUCGGCAGUGUUGAGGACAGAGUGGUGGACUCCAACGGGAACUGCAGCAAAGACCUCACCACUGUAUCAGCUGUACUUUAAACAAUGACACUUUUUUGCCAAGGGCAACUUUUAUGUUUACACUGCUGUCAUGAACCUAUUGACUUUGGCAGGUAAGGCCAGUGCAGAAGCGUAGUAGAGUCAUGGCAUGCCACACGUUACAGAAAUACUGCACAUUUUACUUGUUCACUUUGUGCGUAACAAAUCUACCUCACCACAUCUUCAAUGUGGGCUUGCCUUUCAGUAACACAAUAGCACAGAUGCUGCUCAGUUUAAAAACAAAUCGAUCUUAAAACCUUUAUGUGUUAAAUCGGAAACCACGGUGCUUAGUUUGAAGCGAUACAUUCCAAAACCGUUCCGCAAUAGUCCAGUUAUCCUGUGUUUGAAUCGCUAAACAAGAGGUUUGGCAUCAUUCCCCUUUGCUGGAUUAUGAGGCCCUCGCUCGCCUGAUCUCCCUUUUACAGCCUGCUUCAUGGGAGGUUGUGUAGCAGAUAGAGCCACUGAUAAAUAACACUUAUCUACGUCUCACUGGCGCAAGCAACGCCCGGGGGUAAAUUCUGUUGGCUGCAUGAUAAAAGCCUGCACAUUUGUUGAGCAAUGAACAAUCCCAUUACCAGGACUAGUAAGGUUACUGUUUUUAAAUUGUUUUAAGCAGCACAAAUUGAAGGUGUCUUUAUUACAUUCAGCGCACUGGUUCAUUUGAAUGUAAGACAUGUUUGUUUCUGAAAUGUUUGAAUGUAUUGUUUACAAUGUGUGUUUAUGCACAUACCGUACCGUAAGGCUGAGAAUAGUCGAGACGAAAUAUUUGGCAUGCGUUUAGGAUGAAUCAUAUCAAAGAGAAGAGGAAAGAAAUGCACCUUUAUCAUUGUGAUGUUUUCCAGACAUCUCUUAUCCUUAAAUGGAUGUUCCGCGCUAUCAUGAAACGAUCCAGAGGAGUGUCAGCACAGUAUUCCUGACUCGCUGUGUCUGUCUAUCAGGAAGUGACCCAAUCCAGCUAAGCCCAGCCCAAUAAACAUGAGUAAAUCCAUUAUCCCUUGUGUCAAGCUGCAGACUCUCCUCCCUUAAAACAACACUGCCAUACAAAGUUCUCAGUUUGAAAGUUGGAAGGUGUAAAAUGAGUCUGUGGACAGGUUUAUAGGGACUGCAUCUCACACUCUUGGCCUAAAAUUGCUGACUGAUAAUAGAGUUGUAUGCUUUGAACACAAUCAGUGUUAGUGACCUGUGUGUUCUUGUGGACGUAGCCUCGUCUGGUCCAAUGACGCCAUCAAAACUAUGAACUUUGUAUCUCUAUGCACUGUCGCUCAGCAUGGCUAAACGUAAGAAAUUGACACAGGUCAAUGUUUGAGAAGUGGAAAAUAAGCUUUCCUCUCAUAUUUGUUUAACGCUCCCCGGUUUAGUUUUUCAUGGAUUUAUUACAAAGUAAAUGCAACGGUUGACUGUCAUAAAAAAAAAAUUCUCUCCAGAUGUAUUUUCACUCUGCAGAGUAAGAAAAAAAAGAAGAAAACAGGAUUUGAUUUCUGACCAACAAUUUUAUUUAUUUACAUACGCCAUGCAAAACAAUUUUGUCUCCGUUUUGUCUUUGUCACUGUGGGUUUCACUGUCACGUUUCAGGUUUGUACAAAACAGCUGUCAUUCCUUGAAUGGAUUUUUAAACUGAUUUAUUUGGCAUGGUCAAUUUGUCUUGUUGCCGAAGUGCUGUUGCUGUUUCUUUUCAAAAUAAUGAUCUGAUUGGUCUUAUUAAUGCGGGUCUUUGAACUAUACUGCUUUCUCUCCUUGCAUCUCAGUUUUGUUAACCUCCAUGUGCGCAUAACACAGUCAUUUAAAAGCAUACUUGCCAACCCUCCCGGAUUUUCCGGGAGACUCCCAAAAUUCAGCGCCUCUCCCGAAAACCUCCCGGGACACAUUUUCUCUCGAAAAUCUCCCAAAAUUCAGGCGGACCUGGAGGCCACGCCCCCUCCAGCUCCAUGCGGACCUGAGUCCGCUUUCCCACGAUAUAAACAGCGUGCCUGCCCAAUCACAUUAUAACUGUAGAAUGGUCGAGGGCGAGUUCUUAGUUUCUUAUGUGGGUUUAUUGUUAGGCAGUUUUAUUAACGUCCUCCCAGCGC